CGGCGGCGGGAGGAGCCGCCUCGCCCCGCACCACCUCCUCCCUUCCCCUCAGACGAGCGGGGAGGAGGUGCGGGGUGGCGGCUGCUGGCUGGGAAGAGGAUGUGUGGAAAUGGAUCAGUAGAACAGAAUUCAUGUAGGAUUCUACACUGAAGAGCUGGGAAGAGAAUGUGUUGCAGUUAAGCCAGACAUAGGGGUAUUUUGUUUGUCCUUAAACGCUGGAUAUACUGGGUCAAUGAACUGUUGUUGUAGGAAGCAGAGCUGAGAGGACAAGCUGAGAAGACAUAAUUGCAAUGGCCAGCAGGAAUGCAACACUUUCCCAAAAAUCUUUCAUCUAGGGAAGCAUGCACAUACUCUACUGCAAGAAAACAAUAUUGGGGCUCUUUAGACCACUGACUGUGACCUGGUCCAUCUUGCUCAGUGCCCGCUGAAAAAAUAUUUCUAUACCUAUAAAGUAAACUACAAGACUAUUCUCCUCAGCAGGAUUUAAGAUCUUCCUGACACUUUGCCAACCCUUCCACACACAACAAGAUGAUUGACCUGAGCUUCCUAACAGAGGAGGAACAAGAGGCAAUAAUGAAGGUGCUGCAACGGGAUGCAGAGCUCAAAAGAGCUGAGGAAGAGAGAGUCAGGCAUUUACCAGAAAAAGUCAAAGACGAUGUUCAGCUAAAGAAUAUGAGCGGGCAGUGGUUUUAUGAAGCGAAGUCAAAGAGGCACAAAGAUAAGAUACACGGAGCAGAUAUUAUUAGGGCCUCCAUGCGACGGAAGCCUGCCACUCUUGCUGAAGUGAGUCAGAACAAAUCAAACAAAGCAAAGAACAGCUGGGUGAGCAACAUUAACAAAGAAGUCUUUGUGCCACCAGAACUACACAGCAUUAAGGAACAUCAAGAAGAACAACUAAAAUCUAGUUCAAGUUCUAAGCCAAUAAUCUCUGUGUUAGACAAACCCGGGGAAAGAGCGCUGAAGGCAGCAGCCUCACCACUAAAGCAACGGAGAAAUCCAUUUAACUUCACUGCUUCAGGGGAUAACUUGAACAGUGGGGAAGCAGAAAACAGACCAGCCAUUCUACCUCAGCCAUCAAAUAAGGAAAUUUUGUCACCCUCAAAAGAGAGCCAACCUAAACCAAACUCAGUAAAUGAUGAAACAGAGAAACACAAGAAGCCUUCUACAGAGCCUGCUGAUGAAUCACAGAAGGGACUAGUUAAGCGUCCUGUCCCAAAAGCUAGAAAAUUAAUUCACAAAGCAACAGAUCCUGUGUCACAAAGAGAAGAUCUUGUUCCAAAACCAGCCGAACGGACCGAGAGAAUUAAUGGUGUUGGAACACCACCCAGGGGCAUUCUGAAGCGCAGCUCAAGUUCAAGUUCCACUGACUCGGAAGUUCGUGUUAGUCAGAUGUUAGAUGUUCAGAAGAAGAAUGGUCUUCCUACUGCAACUAUUUUUGAAGGAGAAGCUGAGAAGAACUCUCUUAUGGAAGAAGCAGAAGACUCCACACAAAUUUCACUGGAAAAACUAAAACAAGUGAGGUUCUCGUCUAGCACAGGCGAAGGAGAACCUCUGCAAAGCCCACGGCCACAUCGCGGCAGAGAAAAAGGAGAGUUUGAUUUGUUAGAAUCUGACAAAAUAAAGAGUAGUAGAAAUGGCGCUAUUAGAACAGAUUCAUUGGGGAAUAAGCAAAUUUCUGCUGUAAAGCCUUUGGGAACCCAUUCAUCAGCUUUACAAGUGAAACCGAUAGAUGGCUUACCAUCAGUGUCCAGUCCUCGUGAUGCUAAUAGGACAGUCUUCCUGGCAGAUGAAACCUUGCAGACGGAGACAGUUACUCCUAAGAAACUUGCAACUCCACGAAAGGCCUCCAGCAAUAUCCUGCCAAAUAGCAAUAAUGAACUGAGUGUUGAUGAGACACGUGAAAAUAAAGCCAACAAAUUCUUGAGCCAGGAAUCAAAGUCACACAAAAACUUUACUGAUCAACAUCAGCUUUCUGCUAAGACAGAAACACAUGAGGUGUCAAACACCAAUUCUACAAGUCUUCAACAAGGUAAGCCUGAUCUUGUUGAGGAGCACGAUGCUAAAACCACUUUCAACCCUGACAAACAUGCUGAUGAACUCAUGAAAGUGGCCGAUGAAUCUGUAUCAAAAGUUUUAGAUUGGUUUCAAAGAAGUUCUGGUACUGAAGAUAAGAACCAUGUACCAGCUAGAUCCCAAGGCAGGGAACACACAGAAGUGGGCUUCUCAACCAGAACAGCAGCUCUUCCUACAGAACAUGGUGGGCCUGGCCUGGAUGGAAAAACAGAAGUUAAAGAAGAGCUACUGUUUGGACAGAUUAAACAACAGAACAGCAUUUCAUCUACAUCACUUAUUUCAGAAGAUACGCAACUGAUAAAAGAGAGGAUGAAACCUGAGAAUGAGGAGAAACAUGACGAAUCACUAACUGAAUUUGACUGUAUUAGAGUUGAAGAAAAAGAAAGUGGUCCAGAAAUCAAGCAACAAAAUAAAAAAUCAAAUCUUGUGGAACAUCAGGGACACAAGCUACUAACUCAGAAACGCAAAUCAGAGAAGGCAAUGCAAGAAAAAAGACGACUAAGGGAGAUCAGAGCAUUUUGGGAAGGGGAUAAAACUAUCCCUGGUCAUAGAGAGAAAGAAAUCAGUGUCAAUACAAAUGCAUCAGGUAAUGGUGUAUUGAAGGGUCUCAGAGAAAGUGAGAAAAUAAACCCAGCUGCAGUGUAUCUACCUAGUGGAUCGGAUGAUCAAAGCAAGAAUAUGUUAAGAAGUGCUGAACUAAGUUGUGCAAGCCAGGCUUUAAGAAAUGAACAUCAAAACUCUUUUGAGUUUGCAGCAGCCCAUGCAGUUGAAAGGCCAGAAAGAACACUUCCAUCUGACGGUGAAGUUCAUGAAUAUGCAGAAUUGCCAAAAGCCAGUAACUUGCAGCCAAGUGUUGGUGCCACUUCAGCUUCUCCCAAAAUCAAAGACAAAGGUGAAAAGGAAACACCUAAAGGAAAACUUACCGCCUGUUCCCAGCAGAAGCCCAGCUUCCAGGUUUUGUCUUUAAAAGAAAAAAUGAAUGAGAAGUCCAAGAAUCAAAUUUCAGAUCCUUCACAGUUCCAGAGUCUGAGAAACUUCUGGGAUACCAGAGUUAAAUUACAGAGUAACAUUGAUAGGGGAAGUGUUUCUUUGCCAAAUAAUACUAGUUUAAGAACCUAUGAAAGAAAAUCAAAUGAAGAUAAAAAAGGCAGAGAUAAUGUGAACAAGCAAGAGUUAAUUCAACAACAAACCCAAACAUCAGAGACAGAAAAAACCCAGAAACUAGAUUCUGUGGUAUGUGAACUGCCUCCAGGAUCUCCUACCCUGAAAGGCCUCGAUGUGAUACGCAUAAAAAAUCCAGACUCUGUCCUGCUGGACAGAAAAUCAGUUAUCUCAAACCCCCAGCAAAAGAUGGGUCUUCCAGAGCAAGAAGUUAAAGAAUGUGCAGAAAAAGGUAUUGUUUUAUCAAAAGAACAACAUGUUUCCUUGCAGUUACUCCAGUCACCUGGUGAUAAAGAUGCUUUAAAGGAGACAGCAGUAGAUGAUUGGGUAUGUUUAGCUACAGAAAAAGUGGAGAACAAGGCUGCUCGGUUAGAUAUCAGUCUUCCUAAAGAGGAAGUUGCUGAAACUGUGGAUAAGGUGGUUCUACCUAAAGCUGAGCUUGAUGUAUUUAAAUUUGGCCUAAAGAAGUUAAAAGAGGAAGCCUUUGAGACGCCAUCUAGCUUGAGCCUAAAAGAAAACAUUUUGAAAGGGACAGCUUCUCACUCAAAUCUGUGCAACAUCUCUGAAAAAACAGAACAGAGCCAUGAUGCUUCUGCUGUUGAUCAAGAAGAAGAAAUAAGCAAAAGCACAGGGAAAGUGAAUGUGCCAUCAAAAGAUGAGCAUGAAAACAGAAAAAGCCUCAGGGAACUGAUUAGGGAAUUUGAACCUUUCCGUCUACGACAUCGUAUAGUAGACAAGGAUGAUACACUUGAGGGUUCUCAGAGGCCUCAAAAUGGUUUGCAGAACCUGCUCAGAGAGAACUUUGCAUCUCAACCUUCUGAAUAUAGAAGGGUGGGAAUGAAAAUAUCCCAUGACAAAAAUAGUAUAUCACAAAGUAAUUGUUGUGUAGAAUCAACACACCAAGAAGAUAUCGGUCAUCCUGAAGAGGUCAGAGAGACCACAGAAAGGUCUGUUGCUUCACCCAAGGUCAGUGGCUUGAGUUCUGCUUUAGAGAAGCUGCUCAAGGAGACCUCUGAAAUGCCACCUCCUAAACCAAAGCGUGCCUUUAACACAGUACAGAGAGCUGCUGAGAUGGAAAUUAAAGGCAUGACCUAUAAGAAUGAUGGAGAGUUUCUACAGGAAGUUGGUGAGAUCAUAGAAAAGUCUGUUGCCCCAUCCAGGGUCAGUGGCUUGAGUUCUGCUUUGGAGAAGCUGCUGAAGGAGGCCUCUGAAACACCACCUCCAAAACCAAAACGUGCCUUUAACACAGUACAGAGAACUGCUGAGACAGAAAUUAAAAGCGUGACCUGUGAGCACGAUGGAGACUUGCCACAGGAAACUUGUGAGACCAUAGAAAAGUCUGUUGCCCCAUCCAAGGUCAGUGGCUUGAGUUCUGCUUUGGAGAAGCUGCUGAAGGAGGUCUCUGAAAUGCCACCUCCUAACCCAAAACAGGCUGAAGGCACAAUACAGAGAACUGCUGAGAAGGAAAAUAAAGGUACGACCUAUGAGUAUGAUGAAGAGUUGCUGCAGGACAUCACAGAGACCAUAGAAAAGUCUGUUGCCCCAUCCAAGGUCAGUAGCUUGAGUUCUGCUUUGGAGAAGCUGCUGAAGGAGGCCUCUGAAACAUCAUCAUCUAAACCAAAACAUGCUGUUAACACAGUACAGAGAACUGCUGAGAUGGAAAUUAAAAGCGUGACCUAUGAGCAUGAUGGAGACUCACCACAGGACAUCAGAGAGACCAUAGAAAGAUCUGCAGUGUCCAAGGCUGAAUGUGGAGUGUUUGAUGUUAAUUUGCAGAAGCUCCUGAAAGAGGUCUCUGAAACAACAGCUUCUAUACUGAAAAAUAUGGAUAAGAAAAUGCAAGGUAAAAUACAGACUAGUCAAAGUGUGCGUGCUGCACACCAACAAGAGAGAGAUCAUCCUCAAGAAAUACAAGAAACGGUAGAAAAAACUUCUGUUUCAAAUAUUGCAAAAUUUGGUGAAUUCAGGUGCUCUUUAGAAAAUCUUAUUCGAGAAGCAUCUGAAAUUUCAUCUCCAAUACCCAAAGAGUCACAUAAACAAGAAAAGUUUGGGGAUCUUAUGUUUCCAUCACAAAAAGAGACUCUACUUAUGGCAAUGUCACAGCCAUAUAACGCUUUCAGUAGCUACCAUACGGAGAUGAAGACAACUGACAAAGGGGGAGCUCCAGAACAAAAUAUCAGAACUUCAGUAAGUGAAACUGAAGAUUCUGAUUUUCCUAAAAGAAAUGGAGCUAUUAAUAAGGUAGAAAAGCAAAACACAGCUCCAGUUCAUCUCUCUCUCUUGCAAGGAGAUACCAGUACGAUUGUGAUCAAGCCAUUCAAGAUAAAUGAAAAAGGAAGGAGAGAUGAAAGCACAUCCUUGGAUGACUCUGAAAAUAAUUCAGAAUUUAAAGCACUGUUGGAAUUCAGAAGAGCGAGCACACCACUUACAGAUGGGAGCAACUCCCCCCAGCCAGGAGCAGCUCAACUCUCCUUAACGUUUCAGCGUGAGGAUAAUGAUGAAGAGGAAGGGGAUGGCUCCAAUUUGGGAUCCAAGUUUUCAGAUGAAAACUCUGAUUCCCUCUCUGGAACCCGAAGUUCAAUCUGUUCAGAAGAAGAAUUAAACCCUGUUUUGAUGGCUUUGAAAAGGAGUGCAGAUAGGAAAAUGCCUUCCAAAAGUCUAGAGGACAUUCCAUCAGCCACCUCAAAUAAAGGAAAAGUAAAUAAUCCAAAGGAAGAAUUAGCUCUUAGUGCUGAAGAUGUUUCCACAGUGCCUUCACAGCCCGAGCAGCUGUUUUCCAACCCUGAAAAACUCAAAGGACUGAGCAAGUCGGUACCAUCGUUCCUACAGGAAGAGAGCGAUGACAGAGAGACAGAUACAGCAUCAGAAAGCAGUUCUUCCCUCCGCAGGAUCAAGAAGAGUCCCAGCUCUCUAACCAAUCUUAGCGGCUCUUCUGGCAUGGCCUCCUUGUCCUCUGUGAGCGGAAGCCUAAUGAGCAUCUAUAGUGCAGACUUUGGCAAUGUCGAUGUGAAGGGGAACAUUCAGUUUGCUAUUGAUUAUGUAGAACAGCUGAACGAGCUCCAUGUUUUUAUUUGCCAAUGCAGAGACUUGGCAGUGGCAGAUGUAAAGCGACAGCGUUCAGACCCGUAUGUGAAGACCUACCUGCUUCCAGAGAAAUACAAGCUGGGCAAACGGAAGACCUCUGUGAAAAAGAAAACUUUUAAUCCAGUCUAUAACGAAAUACUGCGGUAUAAAAUUGAGAAGAGUCUCCUAAAGAACCAAAGCCUUAAUAUCUCUGUCUGGCACAACGACACCUUUGGGAGGAACAGCUUCCUUGGUGAAGUGGAGCUGGAUUUAGGAACCUGGGACUGGAGUGAUAAAUGCAACAAGCAGAUCAACUGGUUUCCGCUCAAACCAAGGACUUCAACAAUGGCUCCUGAACUAGAAAACAGAGGGGAAAUGAAACUUGCUCUCCAGUAUGUCCCACACCCUGUUGGAGGAAAGAAGGCUUCAUCUACUGGUGAGGUGCACAUCUGGGUAAAGGAAUGUCGUGACCUUCCCCUCCUGAGAGGCAACAGGCUCAACUCUUUUGUUAAGUGUACCAUUCUUCCAGAUACGAGCAGAAAAAGUCGCCAGAAAACAAGAACAGUGGCAAAAACCACAAACCCGGUAUUCAACCACACCAUGGUCUAUGAUGGCUUUAGACCAGAAGAUCUGAGAGAAGCCUGUGUAGAACUCACAGUCUGGGACCACAACAAACUGGCCAACCACUUUCUGGGAGGUCUCAGGAUAGGCCUUGGAACAGGUAAAAGCUAUGGAACUACAGUAGACUGGAUGGAUUCUACUUCUGAUGAAACUGCCCUUUGGGAGAAGAUGAUGAACUCACCAAACACAUGGAUAGAAGACACACUACCUCUCAGGAUGCUAAUGGUUGCAAAAUUGACGAAAUAAGGUGGCUUUUUAAUUGCUAGUGUCAAAAAGAAACCUUGGGAAUGAAAUUAAAUGUGUGGGGGUGAAACUUGGAAGAGGAACACAGUAGCUUUUUGUACGGUCUCUGCUCCAUUGCUGUUCUGGUUUUGUGCUGUCAAGUGUCACUUUGUAUUUCAAAUUAAACUUCUGCCUGCAGAUUAUUAUGUAAAUUUAAGGAUUAUUUUAUGCUUACUCACUGAAAAAGACUUCAAGAAAGGAGGCACUCACAGAACUCAGUGGCAGAGGUAGCUGUGACACCUGGAUGCUUGUGUUGCUGAACUGAAGUCUUGCUGAUGCCUUAAAUAAUCUAAAUUAAAUAAUCUAAAUUACCAGGAAAAAAAUAAAAUCAACUCUUUCUGUACACUUCUAGGAUUGCACAUGAAGUGUUAUUAAUAAGGUUGCAUUUUGUUCAUGCUCAUUAAUACAUGUCUGUAUCCUUGUUAGGCCACAUCACAUCUCUCCAGUGAGAAAAAUUAAUAUGAAGAUUAAUUUUUUUUAAGUUCCUUUAUCUGUAGUUCUACUUUUCUAGGAUAUGAAAGUCACUUCCAUGAUGAAUGCAGCAUGCAAGAAGCGGUACUGUCGGUGUUGUAUUCUGCGAGGGGCAGAGGACUGUUAGUUCCAAUGUACUAUAAAGAAUCAGGGUUAUCAGAAGUUUACUUAUAAGCAUUAAUAGUCUUGCUAGUACACAAACCUUACUCAUAAAUGCAGGAGGCCUAGAGGUCAAACUUUUAACUUUUUUUUAUUCAAAUGCUACUCUAAAGGAUCUAAACCUGCCAAUUUUAGAGAUGGCAAAUAUGUUGUUUGGGUAUUUAUUCUGUAAAGUGUACUCACCUGUAUCUAUUAGCUCAAUUUAUCUGUGAUUCAGCGCCACCGUUAGGAGAACGCUGGGAUUCUGGCCUUGGUUUAGCUUUGCAGCACAGGAAACAGGACUGGAAUGUAGCACUUGCAGAAAUGCAUGCUGCUACAGGAAGAUAAAUGCAUAAAAUACAAAAUGUAUUACUUUUUUUUUUUAAUAAAAGCAGUCUAUUAAAGCUAAA